AUGGGUUUGAACGGGGUGUUGUCCAAGCUUACUAUUGUCAAAUAUGCCCACAAGAUCAAGGCUACCCCCGGGAGAUUAUAUUCAACCGGCGGCUUCUUCUCUCGGCGGCCCUAUAUGCUUGCGCCGGCAUCCCUAUCAGGUGGCACAAAGGAAUUUGCUAACAAGGAAUACAUUUCAGCAUGGGACCAGGGCUCUUCAUCCGUUGUAGCAUCGCUGCCCGGAUUUCAAAAGCAUUUCGGCAUCACCUCUGGUGCAAAUGCUCAUGAGAUCUCCAAUUUGGUGUCGCUCGUCUACAUCGGGUGCGGCGUAGGUGCCGGCCUUUCAUUCUUUGUCAAUGAUCGAAUUGGUCGACUCUGGUCAUUGCGACUCUACAUGCUCAUCUGGAUAGCCGGUCAGAUGGUGGCAACCUUUUCUCCGAAUCUCAGAGCCCUCUACGCUGCGCGUAUCAUUAGUGGGCUUGGGAUUGGCCCUCUCACUGUAACAGGCACCAACUCGAUCGUCGAGAUUGCACCUACAGAGAUCCGUGGUCUCCUAGCGACGUGGUUCAGUGUCGCUAUGUUGCUGUCUCUCUGGGUAUCCGUCUUGUGUGUCUAUGGCGUCUAUCAGACAAUUGCUCCUAGCCGUAUGCAAUAUCAGGUUGUCUGGUUCGGGCCGUCUAUUUUUAUCUUUGGGUGUAUCAUCGCUAGCUUCUUCAUAAGCGAGUCGCCCCGCUGGCUAUUCCUUACUGACAAGCGCGAGAAGGCCAUUCAGACACUCACAGAUCUACGUGGGCUGCCAGCCGAUCACCCUCGUAUUGCUACCGAACUACGAGACAUCGAAGAGAGCAUUGCUAGGGAGCGAAAUGAAGACAAUGGCACUCCGGGAAUCCGUGGAAUUAUUCGCGAGACCUUCUGCGUCCCAUCGAACCUCCGUCGUCUCAUACAAGCCAUCAUGUCCUUUGCACUGGCGCAGCUAUCGGGCGCCAACUCUAUCAGCUCUUACUUUGUUCCUAUUCUAACACUCAUUGGGGCUAAUAACAGCACGACGCAUAGUCUCCUUUUGAGCGGCAUGUAUAGCAUCGCAAAGUUUUUCUUCACACUAAUUGCCUCAUUCUUCUUUGUCGAUGCUAUUGGGCGCCGGAGGUCUGCAUUCCUUGGUAUCACUAUCCAAAUCAUUACUGAUCUCUACAUCGCGAUCUUUAUCAAAUUCCGGCAACAGGGGCCCGUUUCCGUGGGCGCCAGUCAAGGUGCUAUCGCUGCUGUUUUCUUCCAUGGCUUUGGAUACGCUGUUGGUCUCCUGAUUCUCCCUUACCUUUUCAGUGGUGAACUGUGGCCAAACCGGAUCCGAUCUUUUGGUAGCGCCUUUUCACAAAUGUUCCACUGGCUUUUCUUCUAUGGUGUCAAUGCUGGGCUUCCGUCGUUGUUGUCUUCGACAGAUCAAUGGGGUGCCUUCCUAUUAUUCGCCUCCUUCAACUGCCUCGCCUUAGCCUACGUUUUUUUCAUGGUUCCUGAGAUGGCCGGACUGGCAGUUGAGGAAAUGGAUGAACUAUUCCGAGGACCGUGGUUCAAUGCCUACAAGCGGGCCCGGAAAGAUAGCGUUCUGAAUGGUAUCGAGACUACAGACAAAGCGGAGUCAGUUCAACCGUGA